AUGCAAUAUGUAAAUGGACACGACAUUUCAUCACAAAGCAUUACCGAAGUUCAUACAUUAGCAGUUACAAAUAAGAUACCAUGGGUUCCUCUUCAACUUGAAUCUGAUGUAUAUAGCACUAUCUAUGAAUAUACAUCAAAGGAAAAAGGAAUUCACCUAUCGAAGGGUAUAGCAGAGUUUCCAAUAUCACCUGAAAAUAUGUUUGAAUUACUCUAUACAAUAUCUGAACGUAGAAAAUGGGAUACAUCUUGUGUGGAAGCAAACAUGCUGGAGGAAUAUGAUCAUUUGAAUCAUAUCAUUCAAAUGCAGAUUUCACAUCCACUGGGUGUACUCAACAUGAUUUUGUAUAGAAGUUGUAAAUAUGAACCACAAUCACGUCUCUAUGUCAUUGCGAUGAGAUCCAUUGAAAUCGAGACUGAUGAUCCAUCUGAGAAUGAGGCAUUUGAAUGCCUACCAAAUGGUUGGGUCAUUCAAGGUAUUGAUGGUCAUCGUGAUCGUUGUAAACUAAUCUUUGUACAACAGUGUCAUAUUAGAGAUAUUGAACUUCAAAAGAUACCUGGAUACAAAAGUUUAAAAAAAUCAAAAGAACCAAAUUCAAUUUUAAAUUAUCAUUAUUUAACUAUAUUCCCGGCUACUGUUAGUGGCAGAUUGGGUCGAAUAUUUGAAUGUAUUAGAAAUCAUAUUUCAAAGAAUGUAAGAGAGAUUGAAACCAAAGACACAAGAUUGAAGAUCUUGGAGCAGGCCGAGAGAGAAUUGAAUGAAUGUUUUGGUACCACCACUGUUGAUUAUGGUUGGGUCUCAUAUCUAAAGAAAUACGAUAUGGAGCUCUUGGUCAAGAAGACCAACGAUAUUUACUACAUGGUUGGUAAAGGUAGUUUCUCAUCUGAGUACUCUCCAUCACAAAUCGGUGAUCUAUUAUAUAGUUCACAACCGUGGAGUUGGGAUACUUUUUAUGAUAAAGGUUAUGUUGUUGAAGAUAUAAAUGAUCAUUGUAGAGAAGUUGAUUUAUAUUAUAGAAUGUGGCAUGAAUCAUUCUCGAUGAAAGUAUUGCAGACCGUUAAGAAAGGUCCUGGAAACUGUUCGACUGUGCUCUGGCGUUCCAUUUGUACAAGUGAUGUUGUCAAUGAGAACGACAUGGAACUCAGCUAUCUUCCGAGCGGUAUCGAGCUGACCGACGCGCCUGGAGCACCCUCUGAGUUCUACAACAUGGUCGAAGAUUUUGCUAACCUCUUGCUCUCUGACAACAUCGGAGUGAGCAAGAAGAAAGCCUUUAGAAACUCGGAAGACUCCACCAAGUCAAAGCGAAAGCGUAACUUUGUUGACGAGUCGGUCGAGCAGCAGCAAGUCGUAGACAAUCGACCGACCAUUCGUGCCACUACCAAUAUCAUUUCGCACAAGAUGAACUGUAACGAUGGAAUGGUUCCAAAGAUGUGGAAUGCACCCAAACGACAGCCAUUCUUGUUCUUGGUGUCCGAGAAGAAUGACAAGCAGAAACUCAGAAGAAAGGAUGUCAGCAUAACCAACUCUAACUUUGAUACACUGCCAGAGGAGAUCGUACAGCUGAUCCUCUCAUUCCUCAGAGCCAGUGAUAUUCUCACUGUCUCCAUGGUUUGUAAGCGAUUCAAGAUGGCAACAGACUCAUCGUCGCUGUGGAAACAACUAUACAUUUUGAAUCCGCUAUUCAACAAAUCGGUACCAAAGAAGUAUCGUCCCAUUCAACAAAUUCUCAAUAAUCACAAUCAUGAACACAUGCCAUUAUCACAACAACAACAACAACAGCAACAACAACAAUCACCACUUCCAGUGCAGUCGAAUGGCGAUGCGAAUCCAACGCCAAUUGAACUCGAGGAUUUCAUCACAAUGGUCAGCAAGAUCUCUGCGGAAACAAACAAUCCCGAGAAAUCCAAAGAGAUGAAAUCGUGUGGUUGCAAUCACUCUUGUAUUUGUCCGUGUCGUAACGAUUGCAACUGUGAAUGUCUAAACGAAGAUAUAAUGGGUGUUUCCAAUUGGCGAAGCCAAUACCUCCACAAGAUUAAACUUGCUGAUCGAUGGGCAUCUGCAAAACCCAAGAAAAUCACUGAGCUCAAUGGUCACACCAAGGCAAUCCGUUGCUUAAAGGCAGAGGGUAACUCGGCAGUCUCUGUCUCAACCGAUAAGAAAGUUCGAUUCUGGAACCUCAAUUCCGGACAAUACAUUAACACCUUCGAGGAGUCAUCGACUGCCGUCGUCUCGAUUGACUAUGAUCGCUCGGCAAAGUCAUCAUUCAUUUGGCCGUUGACAGAGUACACCAAGGUGCAUAUCGGUCACAAAAACGGAAGCGUGACACUCGUGGACUUUAUGAGCAAACCAUACCAAACCAUUUCCACUCAGCGUCCAGUGUUACUCGCAGACGGAUUCGACUUUACCAACCCAGGAAAGUAUAUCAUAUGGGAGAGCUCGAAUGUCGAGUGCUGGGAGGAGGAGAAAAAGGCACGUCUCUGGACAUCGAGUGACCACACCAAGAAGAUCAAUCAAGCCAAAUCAAUCAGCUCAUCACUCUUUGCCAAUGGCAUCGUUUGUACCUCAUCCUCAGACAAAACAAUCAAGAUUCGCAAUAUAAUGGAUGGAAAUCUCAUUGCAACGCUCAACAACUUCCAGGGUGCCGUCAAUUGUAUUGAAGCGGUCGGUGAUCACAUGAUUGUCAGUGGAUCGAGCGAUAAGCUCAUCAGAUUGUGGGAUCUCAGACAGAUGAGCAGUCCUCUCAUUGUGAAUGCCGGACACACCGGACCAGUCAAGUGUGUCAGCUACGAGGAGAAAGGUGGAAGAAUACUGAGUGGUGGUGACGAUGGUGUAAUUAUAAUCUGGAAUCUAGAUAAUUGGUACCGUGGACGUCGUGAGUGCAUCGGUGUACCCAACCAACCGGUAAGACAAGAACCAAAUAGAAUUACUGUUGGAACCUGUCAGGAGAGUGGACGUCUCAUGAAACAUGGAAGUGGAAUUACUUGUAUCGACUCUGAUGAAGCCGGAUUCGUAAGUGGAAGUGCCAAUGGAUUAAUUUUACGAUGGGACUUUACAUAA